AUGUAUACGACAGCUUCGGGCCAAUCCUCGACCAAUGGACCUCCCAACUCCAACAGGCACACAAUCACCGUGACGCUCGCCCAGCUGGGCAAGAUGAUCGACCACUCCCUGCUGCACCCGACCAUGACGGACCAGGACAUUCUGGCGGGACUGGAAAUCGCGAAGAAAUACAACGUCGCCACGGCCUGCGUCAAGCCUUACCUGGUGCCGCUGGCCAAGCGACAGCUCCAAGGCACCAGUGUGCGCGUGUGUCCGGUGAUAGGGUUCCCGCACGGCAACAGCACGACGGCAAUCAAAGUGCAGGAGGCGGCAGCUGCCGCGCGGGCCGGAGGCCAGGAGGUCGACAUGGUCAUCAACAUCGGAAAAGCCUUGGGCGGGGAUUGGGAGUAUGUCGAGGAGGAGAUCCGACUUGUCAACGAGGCCGUCGUGCGCGAGGGGGCCGUCUUGAAGAUCAUCUUCGAGAACGACUAUCUGCGGGACGAACAUAUCGUGCGGCUGUGUCGGAUCUGCUCCGACCUCGACGUCGCGUUCGUCAAGACCUCGACCGGCUACGGCUUCGUGAAGCAGCCCGACGGCCAGUACAACUACAAAGGUGCCACCGUGCCGCACCUCAAGCUGAUGAGGCAGCACUGCAAGCCGAGUGUCCAGAUCAAGGCCGCCGGGGGGAUUCGCAGCCUGGACGACCUCCUGCACGUCAUGACCCUCGGCGUCACGAGGAUUGGCGCCACCGCCACCGUCGCCAUGUUGGAAGAGGCGGGGAAGCGAGGCAUCACCGACGAGCCCACCACCGUCAGCUUCAAGCCCAUUCCCGAUGGACAGUCUGGAGGUUAUUGA